AUGUGCAAUGAGUGGGAAAAUCCUAGCAACAAGCAAGAGUAUAAAAUCGCACAGAAAUCAGCAGAAAGAGAGAGCUAUCUGAUAUCGACAGUGAGUCGAGACCCUAGUGUACGCUUACUAUAUUGGCAUGAUAUUCGCCCACAGUACCCCUGCCCAACAGAGGGCCCUGCAAAAUUUGAUCACCAAGCAUUAUUACCUUACCGCCAUAAAG